AUGUACCAUAAGGAUUACAGUAACUUCGUCCGUCCAACACUUGAUGAUGCAGCUGUUGUACCAUCUACCAAUUUCCCGAUCCCAAAGCUUAGCGGAAAAGAAGCUAGGAAACUCUAUUUAGAAGAAGUGAGAAAUAUAGAAGACCCUCACAUAAUUUCGAAUGAUGAAUCCAAUGUGCCCGAAAAAUUACUUUGUAAGCGUAAGAUUGAUCCUAACUUGACGGAUCAAGAAUUAUUUCAAAGUGUUCAAAACAAUUGCAUUAAUGUGGUGAAAUCUACUUUAGAUACAUUUCCAGAUAAAAUUUACUUGAAAGAUGAAUUUGGUUGGAGUUUGCUAAUGAUAGCAUGUCAGGCGAAUUCAGUAGAUAUUGUGAAAGAACUAAUAAAACGCGGUAUUGAUACAACUGUUAGAGAUAAAGCUGGAAACUCUGCCCAAAGCCUAGUCAUACAAAACAAAAAUAUUGUGCUAGCUAAUAUACUUCUUAUGCAAGCUACUGAAGAUAUCAAACCAAUAAAAACACAAGUUAAGUUAAAAAAACAAGACUAUCAGUGCCCAAUUUGUAGCAACUUAUUUUUUUCUGAUAGGGAACAGCAUUUAUCAUCUACACUACAUAAUAUAAAUGUAAGUAAAGGAAAGAAAAUUCCAACAAACUAUGUUAUUCCUGAAUCAAAUAAGGGAUUUCAAAUUAUGUUGAAGGAGGGUUGGGACAAAGAAACAGGAUUAGGUCCAGACGGUGCUGGAGCUAAAUAUCCAAUUAAAGCAACUAUGAAGAAAGACAGAACUGGACUGGGAUUGAAAAAAAAGGAAGAAAGUUCUGAGAAAAAAUCUCCUAAAAUUGUCAAUAAAAAAAUUUUAAAAAGAGAAGAGCAUAAAAACAAAAUUAUGGAGAUCAGGUUUCGUAGAGAGUUUUACUAA